AUCUAAUUUUCGGCUGUGCAUAUAUUUUAAUUGUAAGCCUACUACUCGGUCUCAGAUAUAUUCUAUAUUUCAGAUCUCGGACAACAAAACACCUAAAAAAAACUGAAGUAAAAGAGAAAACUGCAACAAGUGAAGCUGGUGUAUAUGAAGAUUGCUUAUAGAACAAGGUUAAGAACUAAACUGAAUUGCUAACCAGCAAAGCAUGGCCAAAUCAAUUUUAGAGGAAAAGGCUUACCAUCUGCUGAGCUCGAAGGAAGAAGCUCCAUCGUAUACCGAAGAGAAGACGGAAGCUAUAUCAAUAGACGAAGAACCGACAGAAGAAGAGGCAAACAAGUCAACAAUGUGGCAGACUGUAUGUAAUCUCGUUAGUGAUCUCGAGGGUACUGGACUACUAGGGUUGCCUUAUGUACUGAAGGAAGGAGGAUGGCUUGCCGUAGUCAUGUUGACCGUUGUACCUUUUAUGUGCUUCUACACCGGCAAGAUCCUUAUUGAGUGUCUCUAUGACAAAAACAACAAAGACGAAAAGGUAAGGAUAAGAAGAAACUACAGAGACAUGGCCGAAGCUUCAUCGCCAAAAUACGGCGGCAUCAUUGUAGUUGCAAUACAAGUUGUCGAGCUAACCCUUCUAGCCUCACUGUACCUGGUCCUAUGCGGUCACUUGAUCCACGCCAUGGUUCCUGUACUCUCUUUAAACGCCUGGAUGUUGAUAUCUGCAGUGGUCGGGCUGCCUUCAAUUUUCUUUAAGCAUCUUUCUCAAGUCGCUUGGAUUAGUCUUAUAAGCCUUAUAGCGCUAACCAUUGCAAUAAUCAUAGUGCUGGGGUAUGGGUUUUCUCAAAGCCUCCAAUGGGAUAUCCGUGCUAUUGCACUGUGGGAUAUAAAGGGUGCCCCUAUAUCUUUAGCUAUAAUAACAUUCAGUUACAUAUGUCAUCCUUGUCUUCCCGCUAUCGAAGCGAGUAUGAAGGAUCCUACAAAGUAUAACGCUAUGUUGGGAAUAACAUACGCGUUUGUGUUUAUGAUAAAGAUAGUGUUUUCCGUGAUGGGUCUCUUUACAUUCAGCACAAACAUAAACGAGGUUAUCACCAACAGCCUUCCAAAGGGUAAGCUUCACAUCCUAGUAAACUCUUUCCUGAUAAUCAACGUCCUUUUUUCCUACCCCUUUCGAGUCAUGACGAUCAUCCAUUGCGUUGAGGACUCCGUUGUUCCGGAGUCCUGUCGUUCCAAGUUUAAUGAUAUUUUGUGGUUUGUUGGUAUUCGGGUGUUGAUCAACUUCAUAACCCUAUUGCCUGCCAUUAUGGUACCCCACUUCGCACUCAUGAUGUCCUGUGUUGGUAGUCUGACAGGAAUGAGUGUAGUGUUUGUUUUGCCUUGUUUUUUCCAUCUCCGCUUGAAGUCAGGGGAGCUAGAAUGGUAUCAAAAGGGGCUUGACUACUUUCUGAUAGGUUUUGGUGUUAUAGUAGCUAUUAUAGGGCUCAUACUAAGUGGACGUGCGCUGAUUUAAAAGAAACAAUCUUUAACAUAUAUUGACUGGGACAAAAA